AUGUCGGGGCAGAUUCACCGCAGCGGCGCCAACGGGCAGCCGGUGGAGGAUACGGCUGGCCUCAUCCCGGUGACGGACCAGCUGCGCACCACCAUGCGCAUGAGGAUACUUGAGUAUGUGCAAAGCACACCUUCGUUGGCUGAGUGGCAGCCGCGGUUGCCGGACCUGGUAAAGUGGCUCGAGGAGACCUUGUAUACAAAAUUUCCAAACAAGAAUGACUACUACACUAUGAUGAAGGGACCAGUUGAGCCACAAUUGCACUUUGCUAUUAUGACACUGAGUGCUCAGAAUCAACAAAAUCCACAGAUGUCUGGGCAGGCAGCGCAGAUAAAUCAGGUCUCUGGCAGCGGUGUCGUUGUUGGUUUUGGUGGCGCUGACGGGAUCCUGCAGCACCAGCUGAUGCAGGAUACGGCAGUCAUGUCAGGAGUGGACCAGCAAUUUAUCAUGCUACGAACCGCUAUGCGCGAAAGGAUAUUCGAGUAUAUAGGAAAGAAACAGACGUCAGCUGAGUGGAGGAAGCGGUUGCCAGAACUGGCAAAUCGGCUUGAGGAGAUCUUGUACAAAACAUUCCCAAACAAGAAUGACUACUACAAUAUGAUGAAGGGACCAAUUGAGCCACAAUUGCAGUUUGCUAUUAGGACACUGAGUGCUCAGAAUCAACAAAACCCACAGAUGUCUGGGCAGACAGCGCAGAUGAAUCAGGUCUCUGGCAGCGGGGUCGUUGUUGGUGAGCUGAUGCAGGAUAUGGCAGCCAUGUCAGGAACGGAUCAGCAAUUUGUCAUGCUACGAACUGCUAUGCGCGAAAAGAUAUUCGAGUAUAUAGGAAAGAAACAGACGUCAGCUGAGUGGAGGAAGCGGUUGCCAGAACUGGCAAAUCGGCUUGAGGAGAUCUUGUACAGAACAUUCCCAAACAAGAAUGACUACUACAGUAUGAUGAAGGGACCAAUUGAGCCACAAUUGCAGUUUGCUAUUAGGACACUGAGCGCUCAGAAUCAACAAAACCCACAGAUGUCUGGGCAGGCAGCGCAGAUGAAUCAGGUCUCUGGCAGCGGGGUCGUUGUUGGUGUUGGCGGCGCUGAUGGGAUCCUGCCGCACCAGCUGAUGCAGGAUAUGGCAGCCAUGUCAGGAACGGAUCAGCAAUUUGUCAUGCUACGAACUGCUAUGCGCGAAAAGAUAUUCGAGUAUAUAGGAAAGAAACAGAUGUCAGCUGAGUGGAGGAAGCGGUUGCCAGAACUGGCAAAUCGGCUUGAGGAGAUCUUGUACAGAACAUUCCCAAACAAGAAUGACUACUACAAUAUGAUGAAGGGACCAAUUGAGCCACAAUUGCAGUUUGCUAUUAAGACCUUGGUUGAUCAGCACCAUCAAUAUCAACAAAACCUACAGCUGCCAACGCAGACACCAUCUUCGUCCAGCUCAAAUCAGGAUGUGAAUCUUGAUGGUCUCUCUGAGCUGUUUGCAUCCCUCCACCUCCAGUUUGCAUCCACACAUGCUGAAGAGCGGGAUUAA